AUGAUGGCGACUCCUGUCGACGUGCCACAGCGAUCCCAACGCGCCGCAGCAGUGCAAGCCAACAAGGCCAACGCUGCUGUACUUGCUCCACGCCGACGAAGCGACUCGCAAACGUCCGUCAGGACCAUCACCUCGCCAACGCUCAAGCAAGAGGAGCGCGUGUCGCCCGGGUCUGCCUCUCCGUCCAUGCAAGUCGUCAUGCAACGACCCAGCUAUCCGGACCUGCGCCGGCCUGAGGUCCUCGACGCUGCGCGCGACGACUUUGGGCGCUCCAACGAGCCUGGCAACCUCUCCCUGUACUGGUCCGACCAGGCUGACCAGUCGGUCGUGUCUUCGGCAGUGCAUCAGCCGACGGCCUCUCCCGGCUACCAUGCUUCGCUACACCAUCACCACCAAGAGCUGCAGCAACAGCAACAGCAGCAGCAGCAGCAGCAGCAGCAGCAGCA